AUCCCCAAAGAUAUUAAAUACCCCCAGCAUGCCUUCGUUUCCGCUCUUCGAGUAAGAUGGCGACGGGAAGACGAGCACGGUCCGCCCAAGUUGUUUGUCCUGAACAUACAGAUGCACAUUUGAUUGAAGAUUAUCAUGCAGGAGACAUGAUAUGCUCAGAAUGUGGCUUAGUGGUUGGAGACAGAGUUGUAGAUGUGGGGUCAGAAUGGCGUACUUUCAGCAAUGAGAAAAGUACCAAGGAUAAUUCACGUGUUGGAGCUGCAGAAAAUCCUCUGUUAGAGGGUGGCGAGCUGUCAACAAUGAUUGCAACUGGUCCAGGUAUGGAGUGCAGAGAUGAGUUUGGAAAGCCCAUGUAUCGGAAUCGACGCACUCUGAACAGCUCUGACAGAGCACUACUCAAUGCCUUUCAUGAGAUUAAGCAAAUGGCAGACAGACUUCAGUUGCCCAAAAUGAUCGCUGACCGUGCUAGCACACUUUUUAAGCAAGUACAUGAAGGCAAGGCCUUGAAAGGCCGCAGUAACGAUGCCAUUGCUUCAGCCUGCAUGUACAUUGCUUGUCGGCAGGAGGGUGUUCCACGUACUUUUAAGGAAAUUUGUGCAGUAUCCAGGGUUGCCAAGAAAGAGAUUGGACGAGUUUUUAAACUUAUUCUUAAGAAUUUGGAAACUAACGUAGAAGUCAUUACAACAGGAGAUUUCAUGUCUCGAUUUUGUUCAAACCUUGGACUUCCAACUGCUGUACAGAAAGCUGCAACUCAUAUUGCACGAAGAGCUGUUGAGCUUGAUCUUGUCCCAGGUCGCAGUCCAAUCUCUGUGGCAGCUGCUGCUAUCUAUAUGGCAUCACAGGCUUCAGAGGACAAAAAAACUCAGAGAGAAAUUGGUGAGAUUGCUGGUGUGGCAGAAGUUACUAUUCGACAGUCAUACAAGUCCAUGUAUCCUCGUGCACAUGACCUGUUCCCUGCUGACUUCAAAUUUGCUACACCUAUAGAAAAUCUUCCCACACAAUAAUAAUAACAAACCAGAGAGGCUCUGGUCUCCUUUUGUAUGGUGCUGUAUUAUUUGCAUUUUGUAGUAAGGGAUAUUGGUGUUGUAAUGAUGCAAGAAAUGCUCACCUUUGAUCCUUUGCCAGCUUUUUUUUGUUGUUGUUUUUUGUUUUGUUUUGAGGGAGAAAACGUUUCAAGUGAUAAUUUUUCAAUUCAGCAAGUAUCACUUGUGAUUCAACUUUUCAUUAAGCAUUGACAGUAAACUUAGGUGUAACUCUAUAAUUUCGGUUCAUUUUAUACACUCCCCCUCACCAUGAAGAAACGAGGUAAAAAUUCCCCUAAACUUAAACAAGUUCCAUUUUGUUCUCUUCUACUAUAUCAUUAUUUAAGAACAGAACUGUGGCAUUUCAGAGUUCAGAAAAAAAGUUUUUAGAGAGAUUGUUUAGAGGGUUAUGCUCUUGCUUUGCAGUUAAAAAGGAUGCUGUGGGAUGCUCAACAUUUUAACAUUAUAAGACAUGUUUCACAUGCUAAUUAUACAUGCAUGCACAGCUAACUGAUUUGUUUACUUUUUUUCUUUUUGGUAGAGAUCUGUUUAAAUUGAAGGACUUUUCAUAAUGUGGAAGUUUAAUUAAUUUCAGUUUUAACUGUUUUAAAAAAGAAGUCUUUUGGGAUGCAGUUUAGGAGGAUUAAGAUAUCUCUAUUUUUGAUUGUUUGUUUAUGCUGUUUAUGGGUCUGUUUCUCAAAACUGUAACACAUAUAGAAUAUUCAAAAUGACAGGAGAGAGAAAAUACACCAAUCUCUUAGGCUAGAAGUUUUACAAGUGUUUAUAUGUAAAAUGCUUCAAUAUAUAGCUGCUACUACUAAUAAUAAUAAUAAAUCCAAUUUUUUAAAGCUCUCUUCCUAUAAAGGCUCAACACUGCUAAUAGUUCAGAAAAUGUUAUGCCUAUACAGGCCUUGCAUCAUUAUCAUUGUUGUCCAUUAAAGCAUCUUCUGCACUUUAAACCCUUCCAUCACUUUGUAAUAUAAAAGUUUUAAGCUUUAUGCUGGUGCUUAUCAAACAUUUUUAUUCUGAACUCUUUAUUUCAAUGAUGAUCUAGAACUCCAAGUAAAGCAUCAAUGCACCCAUGAACAACAAAGAACCAUAUCACAAUUGGUAAAUGUUAGUUGUUGAUGUCAGUUUUACAUGUAUAUCAUUCAUUAAAUGUGUGAUAAUUAACCAUUCUUACAGUUUAACGAAACUUGGAUAGUAAAAUAGCGUUUACUCUGCAAGAAAUUCUUUUGAAUUGUAAAAAGCUAAGAGCUUCAGAAAUUUUGUGGCUGAGAAAGGGCAUUAAAAAGUAUUCAGAUCUUAGGAACAACAAAUGUUUAAAAAUCAUUUGACCUAAUCAUGACAAUACAAACAUGUACCAAGACAUUGUGUAUGUGUGAGAAAGAAAUAGGAAAAGAAAAAAAAGGCCCAUGCAGAUGAGGAUUUUUAUACAGUCAUUAAUAUGUUAAGUUUCACCAUUCCCAAGAACUUGUGAGAAUGACAUUUGCUGUCAUGCUAUACAUAAGUUGUGUGUCAACAUGUCAAAUCAAAGUAUUUAGUAAAAAAAAAAAACUGCUUUCUUACAAAUGGUUAAGUAAGGAUGCCAUUUAACAUUUGAAAUUCUUGCUAUAGAUGCAAUGAAAUUUUUGUUAUUUAAUCAGUGAUAGUUUUUGUCAGUUGUAAUGCACACUUUGUACUAUUUAUCCUUUGUCAUUAUUGAGUUUCUAUUUGAUGUUGUACUCAUUGGGGUUGCAUAUUUUAUACAUGGUAGAGUUUCAUGAUGAUGCUGCCUUUUGUACAGUGAAUGUAAUUUGUAGCAUGUAUAGUGGUGGCAAUCUAUGAAUGAUUGCACAAUUAAAUCAGCUACAUCAGCACUAUUUUGUAUGCACUGAUGAAAGAAGUUGUUGAAGGUUGGAUGUACAUACCAUACUGUAAAUACAGGUGUAUUACUCUUGCUGAAUGAAUGUAAAUAUGAAAGAUUUAAAAAGAAAACAUGAAAAACUAAACAUUAAAGGCAAUUGCUGCAAAAUAAAGAUAACAAACUUGC